AUGAGUUUUAUGCGUCGUUGGGCGCUUGGUGAGGAGAAGUCGUCUUCUAACAAUCAUCCACAAUUGGAAAGACCGCAGCUUGAUAUUGCAGCUGAAGGCGACGAUCGAAGAGGGGAUAUCUUCUUUACCCCCAUGAGAACGGUGUACAAAUUGAUGGGUGGCAAAGAUGAUGACGACAUCGAAGACUCUGCAUUUGAGUCAUCUUCUCGACCAAAUGGAGAUAGUACGCUAGAAAAUGGAAGUUCAUCUACGGGAAAUCGAUUUAGUGAGUUACCAUCUAGACUAUGUGAUAUCAGUCACUAA